AUGGACAUGAAAGAUUCUCAUGAAUUUGAUAAGGUUCCCUCUCACAUGCUUAUUGAAGCCACUGCUGAUUCUGAAGAUACUUGUAAUCAUUCAACAAUGGAUGAAUUUGGUUAUGAAAUUGGAAGUGUUGAAUAUGAUGAUGAUGAUGCUGAAUCUUGUUGCCAUGAUAAUGCUGCUGAAUUUAAGGUAUGUGAGUCUUUGAAUGAAGAUGAGGAUGAAGAAGUGAAAAAAAGUGAUGUUUAUGGUUCUUCCUAUUGUGAAGAUGACAAAUACAAGUCAUAUGUUUCUGAUGAUUCUUCUGAUCAAGAGUUUUUAGAUGAGAUGGAAAAAAACAGGCUUUUCUGGGAAGCUUGUUUGGCAUCUUGA